AUGGACAAAGCUGUACAUGAUUUAUAUAAACAAAUAAAUGACGAUCAACAGAGAGUCAUAGCACCAAAUGAUGGUAGUUCAACAUCAACACCAACAAUAACAGAAACAAUUGAUCAACAUCCUGUUGUGGAAAAUGAAAAACGACAAACAGAUAUAAAAACUGUUAGUGAUAAUGCUGUCACAGGUGGUAUAGCAGCAAAUCUUCCACCACCUGAUACAACAACAUUAGAAGGAACAAUUGCUAAUGAAGCUAAUCCAAACAUCAAUCCACGUUAA